CUGAGCUUGGAUCUGCGCCUGCGCCUUAACCGCGGCCCGGGCGGCGGCCCCGGUGGCAGCCCCAGCCCCGGCCCCCUACGGAGGCGGCCGCGGCGCGAUGGCGGCCUCGGUCUUCUGCUGCUUGCGCUGCUGCGGCGACGCCGGGACUGGCCACAUCCCGCUGAAGGAGAUGCCGGCCGUGCAGCUGGACACGCAGCACAUGGGAACAGAUGUUGUCAUUGUCAAAAAUGGAAGAAGGAUAUGUGGGACAGGAGGUUGUUUAGCCAAUGCACCUUUGCAUCAGAACAAAAGCUACUUCGAAUUCAAAAUCCAAUCCACAGGGAUCUGGGGCAUUGGAGUUGCAACUCAGAAAGUUAAUUUGAAUCAGAUUCCACUUGGCCGAGAUGUUCAUAGCCUUGUGAUGAGGAAUGACGGAGCCCUCUACCACAACAAUGAAGAAAAGAAUAGGUUGCCUGCAAACAGUCUUCCACAGGAGGGAGAUGUAGUGGGUAUUACAUAUGACCAUGUAGAAUUGAAUGUUUAUUUGAAUGGAAAGAACAUGCACUGCCCAGCAUCAGGCAUACGAGGGACAGUGUACCCUGUCGUAUAUGUUGAUGACAGUGCGAUUUUGGAUUGUCAGUUCAGUGACUUUUAUCAUAUUCCUCCAACUGGUUUUGAAAAAAUAUUAUUUGAACAGCAAAUCUUCUGAAUAUACUUCAUUGAAACUUCUACCCCUACGAUAUCCC